CUCAUCUAGUAUAUAAUCACCAACCAUCUUCUUCUUCCAUUUUCUUCAUCUUCAUAAUCUCAUUUCCUCUACGAGUUUCUAGCGUAAAAAAACUAAAUACUUGUCUUUAAAGAAGAAAAAUGCUAGGAAAAAGAAUAGCUUCCUUCAAGAACUUAGCAAAGAAAAUGAAGAGCAUCAACACGACGACGAGAAGCGGAGGAGAAGGCGGCUCGGAGUCAACUUAUAACGAGUCUCUUCUGAUGAAUGAGGCGGACGAGGCGGCGAUGAUGGCGUCAAAGACGCCGACGGGGACGUUUGCGGUGUACGUAGGGGAAGAGCGCGUGAAGCGCGUGGUACCAACAAGCUACUUGAAUCAUCCUCUCUUCAGGAUGCUCCUCGACAAGUCUCACGACGAGUUUCUCUGUUUCGAGCAGAAGGUUAUGUUGGUGGUCCCUUGCAGCCUCUCCGUUUUCCAAGACGUUGUUAACGCCGUCGAGUCUUGUAAUGGCAACUUCGAUUUCGGCGAGUUUGUCGAGGAGUUUCUAUAAAUUUAAUUCCGACUUCUUCUUCAUAAUUAUGAUUUGUCCUCAAGACAUUGUCUUAGGUCUUUUUUUAGGAAACUAUAUAUUCGUAGGAUUGAUCGAUUGAUUGUGAAAUUUGUGAUACAUUGUAACACCCCUUUGUUGCGUGGUGUGGAAUUUGUAAAUUUUUCCAUAAUUAUGAUACAUAUUAUUUUACUUUAAAACAUAUAUUAGUUCAAAAAAUCAAAUACAUAAAGUUUUAUCUAUUUGUGUUUCCCAUUAUCGAGAAAAAAUAAAAUCUAUUUGUGUUUCC